AUGUAUCGGAAGUUGUCUAAGUUAGAACACUCGGAAAUAAAACAACUUCUUACAGAAGCUAAUAUAGAUGUUGCAAAGCAUUACGCAACAAACAAAAAAGCACUCGCUGACAUCCUCAAUGACUAUAAUGGUGCAAUAAGUUAUGAUAGAAUUCAUGAGUUCAUAAAGCCGCAACGCGGCGAGGACGAAGUCCAUGCAAGAGCAUUUCCUUUAAAUGACGUUGCUAUUGACUUAUAUCAUAGACGUUCAGUACCUCAUGAAGUAAGAAGAGAAAUGUUUGACAUAACAAAUGCGAACGUUGGUGAAACAAGAAGAAGAGACGACACACUGAAACAACAGAGAAGAGAGAUGUUUAAAAGUGCUAUAGAACAAGUUCGCAAAGUCAAUGAUGUCAUUCGUUCCAUUGACGACAAACCAAAAGAAGGUGAGAGAUGGUUAAAGAAAGAUGAAGAGAAUAGGAAGAGGAAUGUUAAGACAGGCAAUAGACUCAUUGACUUUAACAUCGAAGCUUUAGAUGAACCAAACAGAGACUACUUACACAAACAUUUCGGUAAGGUUUUCAUGAGACUCUUAGAGAAGAUUAAAAUAAACUCCCAACAAAGAUGGAUGGUAUGUUAUAAACUUGGUGGAAAGUAUGAAUGUUCUACGUUAAACCUCAAUAAUAUUGGAACAUUACUACAUCAGCUCUUGAAGGAGAACUUUAUAUCAGAGAUAGAAGCAAAUGCUGCAGGUAUUGUUGAAAUGCACUAUGACUUCUUCUUGACUAACAUAAAGAAUCUUACUGAAAUAAAGAUGUAUGAUUUAACAGAAUAUGAAGGCUUAACGAUGUCAGAUGUAAAGAAAGGCAAACCAAAAAAGAGACCAUAUAGAGAUGAAAGCACACUGACAAAUGACCAGAAAGCCAUUUUGGAAGCUCUUAAGCAAACAGGAAACCCAGCACUUAUAGAAAGCUUUUGGAAAGAUAAUGGUGAAAAGAAGUUUUAUAAGAAGAGAAGCGGUCAGUUCUGGAAGUAUCUUUGCACAUUACCUAUAAAUCUUGAACGCUACCAAAUCUUCAAUGAACUGAACAAAAGAACUGCAACACUUAUGACAGAAGAUAACUGCUUCGUUUCUGCUUGCAUUCAGGCUGGAGUAAAUGGAGAGACUAUUGACCACAUGAGAGAAGUCAUUCGUGUUAGAGACUUUCCUCAAAGUAAAGUACAAGAAAUUUCUGACGCAACAGGUAUAGCAUUUAAUGUUACCAUUGGUUACUUCAAUGACUCAAGACAUAAUGAAAUAAAGAGAUACAUACCAAAAGAAUGCGAAACUGUUAGAACUAUUGACUUACUUCUUGUUGAAGACCACUACAUGCUAAAUGAAAGAUUACCAAUGACAACAUAUUUCAUUCGCAACUAUAUAGAAAUCUUGAAGGAGUGUGGUGGAAUGAACAUUGAGAAACAGAUGAAGAUUUAUACAAAGAGAGAGAACAAAUAUGUAGUUCGUUAUGAUAGAACAACACCGUUAUGGGAUGUUAUGAAAACAUUGUGGGAGUGCAAAUAUUUCGAACCUAUUUCUUAUGGAGAACUUUUCACAUAUACGACUGACUUAUAUAAACAGAACCUUGCACCAUUUAAAGAUUUGACAUAUGCUCCAAAGUAUUGUGUACAACUGAAGAAGAAAGCCGAGUCAAAAGAAGUAAAUAAAGCUAAAUGUAAGUUCAUUCCUGAGCACGUUUUCUUUGCUGACUUUGAGUGUAGCACUGAUGGAGUUCAUAAAGCCUUUAACAUUUGUUAUGACAGUGAAGAUGGUUCAGUGAGUGAAAGCAUUUGGGGUCAGAACUGUGCAACAGAAUUUUUGGAACGACUUCCUGACAAGAGUUUAAUAUAUUUCCAUAACCUCAGUUAUGAUAUAAACUUCAUCUUAAGACACAUGACAGAAGUGAAAGGAACUCCCAUCAUUAAAGGUUCACGAACAAUGCAAAUAACUGGCUUAUAUAAAGGUAAAGCAAUCAUUAUUAAAGAUUCAUACACUGUUAUAAAUAAGAAGCUUAAACUAUUUCCUGAAAUGUUUCAUUUGCAGUGCGGUGAAAAGGAAGUAUUUCCAUACAACUACUACAGCAGUGUUUUGUUAGCAAAUGACAACAGAACUGGUGUCAUUUCUGAAGCAUGUAAGUUUAUCCGGGAUGCGGAUACGUUCAUGAAAAACAUAGAUUCCAUCAAAGGUUGCAGAAUAGAUGAAAACCACUUCGACUUAGAAAAGUAUAGCACAUUUUAUUGCAAACAAGAUGUAAGAAUUUUAAGAGAAGGUUUUGUUAAGUUCCGCAAUGAUAUAUUAAAAGAAUUUGAUUUAAACGUUUAUGACUACGUUAGUAUUUGUUCUAUUGCUAACAAAUUGUUUGAGAACAGAGUGUACUUCCCGAAUGGAAAUUUAUAUGACCUCUCAAAUAAACCAAGAGAAUUUAUUUCACGCUGUAUUCAAGGUGGAAGAUGUAUGCUGUCAGAUAACAUUAAACAAAAGAGCGAAAAGAAACUCAUUGCUGAUUUCGACGCUGUUUCAUUAUAUCCAUCAGCUAUAGCAAGACUUUAUACUUUAGAAGGUAUUCCAAAGGUUAUGAAGAAAGAAAUGUUAAGCACAGAGUAUCUCAUGAAACAUUUAUUCGAUGACGACCAAAAGGAACCCAUUGGUGAAAAGUUUAUGUCUGGCUUCUUUGUUCUCAUUAAGAUAACAGAGAUUGGAAUACAUAGACACUUUCCUUUAAUAGUUUGUGACCCUGAACUAAAUCCAGAACUUAACGUUCCCAGAAGUUCAAACACUUGCUGUUUAAUGUAUGUUGACCAUAUAACAUUACAAGACCUCAUAAAAUAUCAAGGUGUCAAAUGUGA